AUGGACAAUGGAGUGGACCCAGAAAUCAAUGGGGAGGACCUAAACCUAAUCCAUACGGUGGUGGUUAUGGAGCUGUUGGAGCACAAGGAGGUUAUGGAGGAGCAGGAAUUUAUGGUACACAAGGAGCCUAUGGCAGGCCUUCAGCUUAUGGUGGAUCUGGAGCUUAUGGAGGAGCACUGGGUGCAGGACUCGCAGCAGGACUUGCAGGACAGCCAAUUGAGCCUAUUGGCUAUCCAGGGCAAGGAGGUUAUGGAGGGCAGACCCGGAUAUGGAUACGCUUACGGCAAUGAGGGAUAUAAACCAUUCCGGUUUGGAUACAAUACAGUCGAUGAAUACGGAACACAAAUGGGGAGACAAGAAGUAGCCGACGGCAGCGGCACAGUCCGCGGCUCCUACUCUUAUAGGGAUCCUUAUGGCCAAUACAGACAAGUACAGUAUGUGGCUGACCAGGGUGGAUUCAGAGCUGUGGUCAACACCAAUGAGGCCGGUGUAGUGCCGCAUCAGCCCGCAGAUGCUAUCUAUAACUUAAUACUAAUAAUUGUGACUUUGGUUGUGAUAAUCAAUGCCCGAGACUAUGAGUCUCCGAGUCGUAGAGCUCGAGCCCGUCGAGUGAACUCUCGUCAGUCCCCAGUGGCCGCCGCCUCAUAUCGAGCACCGGUAGUGUCUUCAUACUCAUCGGCCGGUCCAAGAAGAGGGUCGGCAUAUGCGAGACCUGUGCGACAGACCCAGCAGUUUGAAGAGGCAGACCAUCCGGCGCCCGAACCCUACAGUUUCACGUACGACACCACCGAUGAGUUCGGGACUACACUGACCCGCACGGAGACGGGAGACGCCAACGGAGUUGUCACCGGAAGCUACCAAUACAGAGACGCCAAUGGACUCGUCCGCACCGUCGAGUACGGCGAUGACGGCUCCGGGUUUAGGGCUGUUGUCAAUACGAACGAACCGGGAGUUGUCUCCCACAGGGCCGCCGACGCCGAGUAUAUUAAGACGUAAAUUGUUUUAUAAAAAUCAUAAGACAUUAACAUUUAAACCAC